AUGAGGAGCUCUUUCGAGGUGAUCGUCAUGCUGGUCGUGACGGCAUCGACCAAUUUGUGCAUGUUCCCCGCCAUUUACAGUCUGUACAGCCGACAAUUAGUCUUUGAGUCUUUUAUCGGCGCGUUUACUAUGAUUACCAGCUUCAUGUAUCACGUGUGUGACACGAUCGAGAGGCCCUUGUGGCUGAGUGAAGGACAGUGGCACCGGCUCGACAAUAUCGGGUCCAUCAUGAGUUUCGUCAUCUGGAGUAUCCACCUUAUGGACAUUCGCCACCACGUGCUCGAGCGAUAUGUGCAGUACUUUUUCCUAGCCAUGGUGCUAGCGUUCCAGGAAAAGAACCCGUGGGACGAGUGGAAUUCCGUGGUCCCCGUGGCCAGCAGCUUUGUGGUCCUUUUGAUGAGUUUCGCACUGCGGAGGCGGGUACCCGGUUACAACUUGCAACAGUUCCGACGCGGGCUGCUCCUCUUGCUAUGUGGCGUCGCGUGUUUCGUACGUGGACUGGACGAUGAUACUGACCCGUUUCGCAUUUUUCACGGCUGCUGGCAUGGAUUUGUCGGAGCGGCAGCUUACUUUAAUCUGAAGGUGCUACCCGACCGAAACGACAUGCGCUUGCCUAUCAAAAGGCUCGAUUGA